GCCCGCAGGCGCUUCGCAGUGCUGGCGAACGGGUCGCUGCAGCUGGGCGCGGGCAAAGUCGUGGAGGCGGACGGCUUCUGCCUGGACCUGUCGCGCCUGCACGACGGCUCGCGCGUGGCCAACGCGCUGUACUGCGUGGACGGCGGCGGCGAGGGCGUCGAAGGCGAGGGCGGCGACGUCUUCUACACCGCGCUGCUGGCGGUGGGCGAGCUCUUCCUGCUGCUGACGCUGUGCGCGUACGCCUUCGUGCCCGAGGUGGGCCGCAAGCCGCACGCGCGCGCGCUCAUGUGCCACUGCGGCGCCAUGCUGGCCGCCUUCGCCACGCUCGUCCCGCUGCAGCUCGGCGCGCUGCCACUCGGCGGCGGCGCCUGCUACGCGGCAGUUCUACUGGUCCAGUUUGGAAUGCUUGCGUCAUUCUUUUGGUUGAAUGUCCUGUGUAUUGACAUUGCGUGGUCUUUCAGAUUCGUCAAGGACACAGGCCUACUGUUUGUGCAGAAGGUGUCCCCGGCAGUCAUGGAGAAUUAUUUUAGUGAUGAUGAUUUAUUAAAAUAUAAUGUGAUGAGUGAUGUUCACGGGAGCGGAGUUGGAGGUGAAAGUGAAAGGGAAGUAAAACUUGAAGAACUUGUGACGCGAACUGAGUUUAAAACAUUCACUGAGAUCGGAAACCGGAAAUCUGUUGCAAAUGCAUAG